GAGAAGGACAAGAAAAGCCGAGGUCAUCCAUGCAUACAUGGCCUCAAGCAAAACCGCUGGGUGUUGAAACUUUGGGCUCAGUCAAUUUCUCUUUUUCUUCCCCCGUCAUUCAUUAGAAGCUCUAUUAAUCGCUUUCUGCUACCCAUACAUGUAGCUUUCCGUUCACUUGAGAUCAAGUGAAGUGGUGGACUCCAUCGCUACUCUUUCUGAAUUCUGAGUUAGAGAGAGAGAGAGAGUCAAUGGCCCUAGGUACGAGAACGCCAAUCUUUAUUGGCUUGAUAUUGGUUAUGCUUUUGGGGAUCUCCAUCUACUUCAGGCUUUGGUCUAUGGAUUACAAUUUAUCUUCCGAAGACAGAGAUUUGAUAAGGAGACAGUUUGAUCUUGCUCACAAGGAAGCAAUGGAUGAAUCAGCAGAAUGGAGAUUGAAGUAUGAUGAGGAGGUGGAGAGAGCUACAAAAUGUCUUACAGAGCUGAUAGAGGCUAAAGAAGCUCUUGAAAAGAAGGCAGAGGAAGUUGCAAGUAUCAACCAUCAACUGACCAUGCUACAGAAGGAAAACAUGGGCUUGCUAGGCCAAGUAAAAUCAUUGAACCAAGAGCUUGAAGCUGAGAAGUUGAAAUGCAGUUUACGACAACUUAGAUGAUCUUUAAUUUGGAAAUUGAUUUGUAAUGUGAUUAUAUAUUGGAAAACCCACCUUUGCAUCCUUCACAAAUGUUUUUCCACAGAGAUCGGCUAACAUGAGGUUGAUGAAGGAGGUGCUUCUUUGGCAUAUUAUCGUUAGAUAGUUGGUAGACUUCUUGAGAUGCUGUAUUUCCAGAUGAGAUAUAUGUUGCCUCCCUACCACUUACUAUGGCAACUACCACAACUAAUGUUUUAGAAAAACCUACUACUUGACAUUCCUAAAUCAUAAAGCAGUAAGAGGUGUGACAAUGCUUUUGUAAUGGUCAAUUUUCUUGUCUAUCUUUUGUAAAUUGACGUCCAAGAAUAUUUUCCAAAUUAAGUAUAUGCUUUUGGUUUUCUUCUCUCA